AUGGGGAUAGAAGAUGAAAAGAAUUGUAUUGUCACCUUGCCCUUUAGUGGCUUUGUUACCUUGACGAAGUGGAGCCUCCAGAGUAAUGGAGGGGAAAGUUCCAGUCGCAGUGUUGAGAAGCGAUCAGCUGAAGAAGAAACUGCAGACCUCCCAACAAAACCUACAAAGAUCUCCAAGUUUGGAUUUGCCAUAGGUAGUCAUACAACAAAGAAACCAUCAGCCAUAUUCAUUAAACUUGGAUCAACUAAGCCCAAGGAAAGUGUUCCAACUCUUGCUCCAAAAACCCUUUCAGUAGCAGCAGCUUUUAAUGAAGAUGAAGAUAAUGAGCCAGAGGAAAUGCCUCCAGAAGCAAAGAUGAGAAUGAAGAAUAUUGGAAGGGAUACACCAACAUCGGCUGGACCAAACUCCUUCAAUAAAGGAAAGCAUGGGUUUUCUGAUAACCAGAAGCUAUGGGAACGAAAUACAAAAUUUCAUCUGGGAAAUGUCCAUGACCAAGACAAUUAAAUGAUGUGUUUUGAAAUUGGGGCAUGGGGUGGGUGUAAAGUUAAAAGGAACAGUUUCCUUUUUAAAAGAAUGGUAAUAAGACUAU